AUGCUGUACUGGGAUGAUGGUGAAAGUAUUGUGAAAGAUUUUACAACUUACAACUACUUUUAUUGGUUAUUCGAAUUUGUACUCAGUGCUGACACGGCUACUUUGUAUAUCACUCCAAACCGUACUGCUACAGGAUUGGUAGUGCCUACAUUAGAUGUUGUGGAUAUUAUCGGUUAUCGUUAUCAUCCCAAACUGGAUGAGGUGCGGCUCAAUGGUAUGCCAAUCAAAAUUGAUACUCAACAAUCACAUUACGACAGCUCGAAGAAUCGUUUACUAAUAGUAAAGAGGAAUCUGAUGAACAUCGCUAAUGGAAAAAAGCAGACAUUAUCUUGGUCACAUCAAAAGCCAUUCUGUGAUAGUACUCAUUGCUGA